UAAUGGCAAACAACUUUCCUACACCACCAAGCACCACAGCCACUACCGAUGCUAACAACACAAACGCUACUACCAUCAUUAACAUGAAACAAACAAAUAUGGCUUCUUCUCAAAAUUCCCAGUUCUCUAACACUGAACCAGUGAACUUCCCUCCAACAUUGCCUACAACACUACCGCAGUACUUCUUACCGCCUCAGUAUUUGCAACCCUUUCAUCAAAGAAUGCAAUUUUCUUGCACAUACCCUUUAGACCAGGCGGCUACUCAAUCUUUUGUUGCAUAUCCUGUGUAUCCCGUGUGGUAUGGACAAAACGGGAUUGAAAUUGGAGCUGCUAAUGGGGUACCUGCAGGAUCGUGCUUUUGGCAACCAAAUAAUGGUGUAGUAAAGGAGCAACAAAGAGGGAGUUUAGAUCCACAAAAGACCAAGAUUGCUAGGAUUAAGAGAAAACUAGCACGCCAAAGGAGCCUUAGUUCGCAAAGAAAUGCUUCUUCUGGUGGUUCUUCAAUUGUGUCUUCCUCAACUCAUAUGGAUGCAAGGAGACUUGCAAUGUAUGGUGCUGACACCAUCAACACUAACAGAGAUCUGUAUAAGUUCUGCACUCCAGAUAACAAAAGACUGAGAGUGUUGCUGAGGAAGGAGUUGAAGAACAGUGAUGUGGGGUCUCUUGGAAGGAUUGUUCUUCCAAAGAGAGAAGCCGAGGAGAAUCUUCCAAGUCUCUCUGAUAAAGAAGGAAUUCAAGUAGUGAUGAGAGAUGCCUUCUCUGAACAAUUCUGGACUCUUAAAUUCAAGUACUGGUCUAACAAUAAAAGCAGAAUGUAUGUUCUUGAAAAUACAGGAGAUUUCGUAAAGCAAAACAGGCUAGAGAUUGGAGAUUCCCUUACUCUUUACGAGGAUGAGAACAAAAAUCUCUAUUUCUCCAUUACAAAGGUCAAAAAACCGGCUAGACCAGAGGCCGAGCCAUCAUCAUACAAACAACACUAUAUAAACCACAACAACACUGACAACUAUAAUACACAAAUUACGCCGCAAGCUAGAGACGAGGAAGAAGCAUCUUUAGCGCUACUUAUAGAACAACUUAAACACAAGGAACAACAAGAAGCAUACAACCUCAUGGCAUUGCCUAUGAAUAGUGCUUCUUCAUAUAGACAACCAGACGAAGCAAAUGAUGCUCUAUCCAACAACUUUACUAACACAGGAAUCCAUCCCUAUUCAGCAGAAGCAUCCAUACAACCAGCCUCAUUAUCGAAUGGUAAAAUUAGCAUCACAGAUGAUCAUCAGAACAACAGUAGUACUGAUGACUGCUAUGGUGGUCUGGGAAUGUUACCGGAUGUCAAUCGGUAUAAUUUUUUAUCCAUGGCAGCAUCAACAACACAGGCACCAAAACCAGCUUUCUCCUCUCUCUCCUCUCUCUCUUUAUCUCUCCACACCACUCCACGCUUUUCUUUUCUCUCUUUAAAACCCACCAAACUCCCCAAACUCACUCUCACAGCCAGAGCCUCCAAAUCAGACGACAUUGACACCUCAUUCUUUGACAACUACAACUACAACCCCGACCAGGACGACACCGUUUUCGACCCACCUACCCCACCUGAAGACUACACCCCACCUCCCUCCUUCGACGACCUCCCCUUAGAAAACGAGGAUGAGAUUGCCGCCGCCUACGAGGAGCUAUAUGGACCCGCUUAUUCGGGAGUCACUGUUCUUGGAAACGACAUUAAUGUGAUGGACUCAAAAGUGAAAAAAGCAUCUGGGUCUUGGGGAAGAACUAAGAAGGAGAAAAUUAAGGACGGGUUCGACGAGAGAGUGGUUCAAGUAAGGAGAGUGACGAAAGUGGUGAAAGGAGGGAAACAGUUGCGUUUUAGAGCAAUUGUUGUGGUUGGUGAUAAGAAAGGACAAGUGGGUGUUGGUGUGGGUAAAGCUAAAGAGGUUAUAGCUGCUGUUCAAAAAUCGGCUGUUAAUGCUAGGAGGAAUAUAAUUACUGUGCCCAUGACUAAAUACUUAACCUUCCCGCACAGAUCUGAUGGUGAUUAUGGGGCAGCCAAGGUGAUGCUUAGACCUGCUUCACCUGGUACCGGAGUGAUUGCUGGAGGUGCUGUGAGAAUUGUCCUUGAAAUGGCAGGUGUUGAGAAUGCUUUGGGAAAGCAACUUGGAAGCAACAAUGCCCUCAAUAAUGCUAGAGCCACGGUUGUUGCAGUGCAGAAAAUGAGGCAGUUUCGUGAUGUUGCUCGUGAACGUGGGAUCCCAAUGGAAGAACUAUGGAAGUGAGUUAAAAGCAACUCGGUUUAUGACUUUAUAUUAUUCCCCUUGUUAUGUAGAUUCUGUACAAGUUUUCGUAAUGCAACCCAGCCAAAAACAAAAUUCAGACACCUAUUUUUGGAGCUUGGUGGCAAAGCUGAUUGUAUAAUUUAAUUCAAUUUGUUUCCUUUUAAUGCAACAUUGAGCUUCAAUAAAAUCUUUUCAUUUUUUAUCAUCAA